AUGGCCGGGAGAGGGGAGAAGCUAGAGGAGCCUCUACUCCAAGAGGAGAAGAGGAGAGGCGGCGAGGCGGACAUGGGGGAGAUAACAAGCUGCCGGAUGUUUCUGAAGGAGGAGACGGAGGAGAACAAGAGGUUCUGGUACCUUGCAGGGCCAGCGAUCUUCACCUCCAUAGCGCAGUACUCCCUCGGCGCCGUCACCCAGGUCUUCGCCGGCCACCUCACCACGCUGGAGCUCGACGCCGUCUCCACCGAGAACAUGGUCAUCGCCGGCCUCGCCUUCGGGAUCAUGGUUCGUCUCCUCUCCUUGCCGCCGUAUCCUCUAUUUUCCUUCUUCCUCUUCAUCCUCCUCGUUUGCUUGCGGCUACAGAAGACUGGAUCUAGCCAACUCUGAGAUCCGCGAAGGGACCAUCUGCCACCGGCCGCUUCCUGCGCCUUCUCCGAUCCCUCGGUCCACUUCAUGGCCUGCCAGGCCACGUGGCGUAUGUCUGGCCUACAGCUUUCCGUCCGCAGCCAUCUCCUCUCUCAUUGGGUUAGGGCGCGGAAGGGACCCGAGCAGCGCUCCCGUCUCGACUCUUGCUGGCGUCAUUCGCGGGACACUCCAUCGUGCGUCUUUUAUAACCAAUGGUCAUGUGGAUCGGCCACUUACCCUGCUGCCUCUCAGUUCUUUUUGACUCGUUGGAACUAGCUGGGUAUAUACGACCUUGUAGAGCUGAUUUAUGUAAAUCAUUUGUUACUGGCAAACAUGCAUUGCAAAAAAUGUAAGGACGGUAGUGGAGAAGCUACUCUUGGUGAGAAGAGAAGGUAGGGUUCUUACUUCUUGUAUUUGCGUCCUUUCUUUUCUGCUUGAGGAAGAAUACAUCCGGCAUCAAGUUGAGUAAAGACACCUAGAAUUUUUCUAAGGCUCUGUUUUUAUUUGUUCUUCGAUCGAAUAAACAUUUCUAGCUCUCUCUGUGGUAGAAGGAGGAUUUCUCUGAACCAUGUAAAUCUCGAGAUAUCACUUCUUAGUGGUUUUUCAUUUGUACUUAGUCUCGCCAGCUUCGUUAUCUUGCCUUUGAUACUUUGGAGAUAUCUAUACUUAAGUGGAUGACAAAUUUUCUAUUCCUAUCCCACCUAUAUCGCUCACACAUACACACUCAAACAACCCCAACUCCCCGAUUAUUUCCACAAGACUUGAAUAGUGUCGAUGGAUUCCCACAGCUCGGGAUGGGAAGCGCACUGGAGACGCUCUGCGGUCAGGCCUACGGCGCGAAGCAGCUCCACAUGAUGGGUGUCUACAUGCAGAGGUCCUGGUUGAUCCUCAUGGCCAUGUGCCUCUGCCUGAUGCCCAUCUACCUCUUUGCCACGCCGAUCCUGCGGUUUUUCGGUCAGGAAGAGGAUCGCUGUCCUCGCCGGGCGAUUCCCACUGUACAUGAUCCCCCAGCUAUUCGCAUACGGGGCCAACUUCCCCAUCCAGAAGUUCCUGCAGGCGCAGAGCAAGGUGAUGACCAUGGCCGUGGUGUCUGCGGUGGCGCUGUUGCUGCACCUCCUCCUCAGCUGGCUCUUCAUCGUGCGGCUCGGCCUGGGCCUCCCCGGCGCCGCCGCCUCGCUAAACAUCUCCUGGUGGGCAGUUGUGCUCGGCCAGCUCUUCUACAUCCUCAUGGACUACUGCCCCGGCGCCUGGACCGGCUUCAGCUGGGCCGCUUUCCGGGACCUCGCCGCCUUCGCCAGGCUCUCCAUCGCCUCCGCCAUCAUGAUGUGGUAAGGUGCACUCAUAGAAUCGUAUUCAAAUAGUAUCUUCUACGCAAGUUCGAACCAUAUUGCUCAUUCCAUAUCUGAAUUGUUGCCGCUAUCUUUUCACGACGUGUAGUCUGGAGUUCUGGUAUUACAUGUUUCUGAUUGUGCUGGCGGGUCGCCUGAGGAACCCCGAGGUCGCGGUCGCCGCCAUAUCCAUAUGGUAAUUAUGUACAUGUACGUACCAUGUUGAACAACAAGGUUUUUCGAUAAUGUGACGUAGAUUGGGCAUUGCCCGUCUGACGGCAGUGUGAACCUAUGCGGGUGGGACAUCAUCGUGUUCUUCGGAUUCAACGCGGCAGUAAGGUAUACUAGAUGGCCCGACGUGGACUGACGCUCUAGUAGUGACCCUGACGUGCUGUGUAACGCAUAGUCGAGUCUACUUCAUAGGGAAUAUUUCCAGACAAGAUUGUGUAUGUUACACUGAUGACCGGAGUUGUUGGGUGGGUGACUAUUGGGUCGGGGCAUCAAGGGGAAGAGACAACGACAAAGGUGAGAAGAACAUCAAGGGGAAGAGGCAAAUUCAGAAGAGGAGCAAAGCCUAAUAGAGAGAGAGAAAGAGAGAGCCACGAGGAGUCGUCGUUUCACUGAGGUCUUUACUUAUCUUCUUAACAGAAGACCUAGAUCUGUUCAGAUAACAUUUAUGAGCUAAUUACCAAAAAAUCAUAUGCUUUUCUUCAGAAUCCAUUUCAGUGAAAGUCGACGGGUGAUCAUUCUUCUGAUGCAAGUGAUUUUGAUUAUAAAAAGUGAAGAUUGUAAUGAGACUGACUCGAACGAAACAAUGUGAGGAUUUCAAAUGAACUCGGAGCCGGGCGGCCGAGGGCAGCCAAGUUCUCCAUCCUCGUGGUCCUCACCUCCUCCGCCAUCAUCGGGGUCUUCUUCAUGGCCCUAGUCCUCUUCCUCAGGGAUGUCUACGGCGUUCCCUUCACCAACAGUUCCGUCGUCUCCCCCGCCGUCUCCAAACUCGCCGUCCUCUUCUCCUUUUCUCUUCUCCUCAACAGCGUCCAACCCAUCCUAACUGGUGAGUCUUCUAAUAAAUUCUCUCAGAAAUCUAUCAGCCACCCGCUCUCUCUCUCUCUCUCUCUGCCCGUAAGAAUCGAUCUGACGGUGCAUUCCAUCCUUUGUUGCAGGCCUCGGCAGCGGAUUCCCGGAUAAAGAAGUGGGGAGGAUCGGUGGAAAAUCUACAAAGCAUUGUAAUUUUCUGUUAACUUUCUACUUACCUUCGUUUUGAAAGGGCAGAUAUGAGACCAGAUAAAUCUUUCUCAUCGUUGAAGCGCGCUGAGAGAGAGAGAGAGAGUUAAAAAAAUCAGAAUUCUUGCCUUCAGAAACCUGCACGUCUUUUUCUCUUUCUCUCUCUACUAUGUAACUUCGGAAAACGACCACUCAGGCAGUUAUCUGAUCUCGUGGAACAGGCUUAAGGUCCUUGGAGACUCCCGAAGCCAUGGCGACGCGUAUUGCAGCGCAUGCAAAUACGACUGAGCCUGCUUACCCUCUUACUCGUUUUACCUUCUGUUUAGCAUUGUUGAGGAAUUCAGAUUGGAUUGA